AUGGAUACGAAGUAUGUGAACUUCUGUCGUUGCUUCGUCAUUUUGGUGUUGUUGCAGACAUUUAUGCCACCGGGGGCAGAGAGCAAGCCUUUGCCUGGAAAGAAAGCAAAUAUGGCGCUCAGCGCCUUGGCUGGCAUGACCGCAGGCCAUUUGAUAGGACGUGCCGUCGCCGCUCGUCGUGAGAAAAAGGAAAAACUAGAUAUGAGCGAACACUUGCCACCAAAUUGUAGAAGAGAGGUUAGAACUGAACGGGAUAAGGAAGACUGGAACAAAUUCAUUGAAACCAAAUACAUUGUAUGCGAUCCGCUUCCAAAUCAACCGCAACAGCCACAACAACAACAAAUUCAAAUUGUCCAGCCAUCGGCGGUAGUACCCGCUCAGCCAGCCGCGCCAGCUGUUCAACCGGCUGUUGUUCCGCAGCCAAGUCAGGAGCAGCCCGCAGGCUACCAACAACCCGCAUUGACUGGUCCGCCAAUCGGAUUUGUCCAACCUCCUCAGCAAGCCGGUCAACCGUCAGCACAAGCUCCACAAAUAGUCCAAUCCCCACAACCGGUUCCACCAGUUCAGACAGUACAAAUGCCACAAGGUGGCCAAACAGGCCCACAACCAAUGCAACCAGUUCAAGUGGUUCAACAGGCUCAACCUGCCCAACCGGCUCAAGGCCCUUCACAAGUAUUUGUUAUGUCGAAGAAAACGGGUUACUUCAAAAAGAACUCUGCCGACAAGUUACUGCAAACCAAUCUCGUCCUGAUGAUGAUGAUGGCUUUCCUACUCAUUUGGUUCCAGUAG